AUGCCCGGCCGUCCCCCACGGUCCUUCAUACCCCGCAACAUCACCGUGACAAACGUCCUCAGUUUGUACCGCUUCCGCAGAAUGGCCGCCGCCCCGCCCCCAACUCGACCGAUAAAGAUACUCUGGCUGCACGGCUUCACGCAAUCGGGCCCGCUCUUCCAAGCCAAAACCGGCGCACUGCGAAAGACACUCAUAAAGGCUUUCCCCGCGGGCAUCACGCUCUCGUUCCCGACUGCGCCGCUGCGAUUGAGCCCCACAGACGUAUCGUUUCUGCAUGGCGAGGAGAAGAAAGACGGCAGUGAAGAAGAGGAGGUCGAUGCAUGGGCGUGGUGGCGCAGAAAGGGCGACAGUGAGCCGUACACGUAUGCUGGUUUGGAGGAGGGGCUAGGGAGGAUUGCGGAGGUGCUGAAGACUGAGGGUCCCUUUGAUGGCGUGAUAGGAUUCUCGCAGGGCGGCGCAGCGGCGGCUAUGGUGGCGAGCUUGCUUGAGCCUGGAAAGCGUGAGGCUUUUGAGAAGCUGCAAAAGGAUGGAGGGAUGCGGUAUCCGGAGUCUUUCCAGGAGGACACGGGAUACAUGGAGGACUGCAUACACCCACCACUGAAGUUCGCGGUGAGCUACAGUGGGUUUGCGGCGCGGGGCCAGAAUCCGUAUCACGCCUUCUAUGAGCCAAAGAUCAAGACGCCUAUCUUGCACUUCCUGGGUUCAUUGGACACGGUGGUGGAAGAGAGCAGGAGUCUCGCGCUGGUGGAGGCGUGCGAGAAGAGUGAAGGGAGAGUCGUCUACCAUCCUGGUGGUCACUUCCUGCCGAGCACGCAGAAGGCGAGCGUCAACGCGUUGAUCGGUUUCAUCAAGGAGGUUCUACACAAGGCUGAGGGGCCCAAGAAAGAAGAAGAGAGUGUCGAGGAUAUGGAUGUGCCAUUUUGA